AUGCCACAAGGUGACUCCCACGACUCCUCUUCGUCAGAAAACACCAUCCUUGCCAAUGAUCACUUGAACCCAUUGAUGCAGAAUGCCAUUGUCGACGCCGAGGAUGCCUCAUUACAGGAAGAUGUCAUGGAGACACCACCAGAGUCGUCACAAGGACAGGGGAGCAACACAGACAACAGCAUCACCGACGUUACCUCUACUACGGAACAAGACCAGGUCUCUGGUCUAAAUGAUGUCACAGCGGACAACAGCUUUGAUAUCAGUAACUCUGCUUCCAGUGAAUCAGCUCAACAAACGGAAGAAUUGCUGCACGACAUGUCAGCUGUUGCGGUCGAAACGCCAACAUCUUCCGAAGUCGACAACAAACUACAGGUGCAAGCGCCGCAGGAGUCUGCGUCCAUCAUCUCCACGGACUUUACCCAAACGAGCAUCAAUGCCAAUCUCGGCGACAAGGACGCUCAGGUGGCUCUUGGAGACAUGUACAAGGAUGGCAAGGGAGUGCAACAAGACUACAAAGCCGCUAUGGAAUGGUACCUCCGAGCCGCCGAACAAGGAGAUGCCGUUGGUCAGCGCAAAGUAGGCGUCCUCUAUGAUCAUGGACACGGUGUCACACAGGACCACUCGACAGCACUCACCUGGUAUCUCAAAUCUGCAGACCAAGGGAAUGCUCAGGCCCAAUCCAACAUCGGUUAUUGCUACCGUUAUGGUCAAGGAGUCCCUCUGGAUUAUUCCAUAGCUAUGGAAUGGUUCCUCACGGCUGCCGGUCAAGGAAACGCAGAUGCACGCACCCACAUCGGCAUUAUGUAUAAUGACGGUCUUGGAGUGCCCCAGGAUUUCUCCCAAGCGCUGGAAUGGUACCACAAGGCUGCCGAGCAGCAAGAUUCCUGCGCCCAAACCAACAUCGGUUACAGUUACUAUUACGGCGAGGGAGUGUCGCAGAAUUUCUCCAAGGCGAUGGAGUGGUUCCUCUUGGCAGCCGACCAAGGAGAGGCAGAUGCACAGAAUCACAUCGGCAAUCUUUACUGCAAUGGUCAUGGUGUACCGCAGGAUUACUCCCAAGCAUUCGACUGGUACAACAAGGCCGCCGUACAGGAUGAUCAACACGCCCAGUAUAACCUCGGAUGUCUGUACCGUGACGGCGAAGGGGUAGCGCAGAGCUUUUCUAAGGCAAUGGAAUGGUUUAUUAAGUCGGCGGAACAAGGACAGGCAGACGCCCAGGCAAACGUUGGCUGUUUGUACCGUGACGGUGAGGGAGUGGCACAGGACUAUCCCAAGACAAGGGAGUGGUUUGUUAAGGCGGCCGAGCAAGGAAACGCAUUUUCUCAGCACAACCUCGGAUGUUUGUACAACUACGGACAAGGAGUGGAACAGGAUUAUGUUCAGGCGAUGACAUGGUACCGCAAAGCUGCUGAUCAAGAUUACAUGGAGGCACAAUACAGCAUUGGGCUUAUGUACCAGAACGGUCACGGUGUGCCUAUAGACUACUCGCAAGCAUCGGUGUGGCUCCUCAAGGCUGCCAAGGAAGGCCACGACGAGGCUCAGUAUGCCGUUGGGAGGCUAUAUGAGUACGGUGAUGGAGUACCGCAGGAUGUUACGACAGCGAUGGGGUGGUAUCUGAAGGCUGCCAAACAGUGUAGCUGGGAGGCUCGGACCCGCCUUGCCUGUUUGCACCAACAAGGAUCCUAUUUCUUUUGA